AUUAAAUAUACGUUUUAAAAGGGACACGAUAUUCAAAUUAGGCUGUUAGUAUAUUAUCCGAAAAAUGAAAAGUCAUUUCGUAUGUAUACUACUACAAAAUUCAUAAAUUUAUAAUUAUACAAAUUAACCGUAAAAUUUUCCUCGUAUUCGUUAGAAAAAUAUUCUAAAGGACGGGUUGAGGUAGCGACCAUCAUAAUAUAAUAAUCAUUAACAAACAUUUUUAUAUUGGGAAUAUAUAGUCGAAAUAAUCUCGAAAAUAUCUGCAUGAAUUAUAAUUGCGAGCCAAUAUGGACGUUGUCGGUGACUUUUUUUUUAGAAAAUGUUUAACUGAUAAAUAGAUUUGAGUGAUUUACACGUUGUAAUAUAAAUAAUUUUGAAAUCUUCUGGUUUUAUACUUUCAACAUAUGACUUAUAUUAUGAACUAAUGCGUAAUGAACCUACAAUGUACUUUAUAAUUUGUAAUCAUUUAUUAACAAAUGGAAUAUGUAUUAUUCACUAGUAGAUUUCAAGUAGUUACGUGAACUCAUAUCCUGUGCUCAAAUGGUAAUACAUUUUGCGAAUUUCAAGUUAACGUAGCAGUUAAAUAUAUAUGUACCUCGACAUCACUCUAAUCUCACGACACUCACGAAUACAAGAUGUCAGAAAUUCAGGAAAUUUCUGCUAACAAAAGUUUCGGAGGAUGGCAGAAAGUGUACUCACACGAUAGCUUGACAUUAGGAUGCAAGAUGAAUUUUGGUAUCUAUUUGCCACCGCAAACAAAAGAAGAACCAGUGCCUGUUAUUUAUUGGCUAUCAGGUUUAACGUGCACCGAAGCAAAUUUCAUUCAAAAAGCUGGUGCUCAAAAGUAUGCCGCCGAACAUGGAGUGAUCCUUGUUGCACCUGAUACAAGUCCCCGAGGACUUGAAAUUCCUGGUGAGGAAGACAGUUGGGAUUUUGGAACUGGUGCAGGUUUCUAUGUCAAUGCUACUGCGGAGCCUUGGAAGACCAAUUAUAAAAUGUUUUCAUACAUUACGAAAGAAUUACCAACAUUGAUUAAUCAAAAUUUUCCAACCAUUCCUGGAAAUCAGUCUAUAAUGGGUCACAGCAUGGGAGGUCACGGUGCAUUAAUAUCUGCAUUGAAGAAUCCUGGUCAAUAUAAGACAGUUUCAGCUUUUGCACCAAUUAGCAAUCCAAUUAAAUGUCCAUGGGGUAAAAAAGCUUUUUCAGGGUAUUUUGGUGAAAAAACAGCGGAGUCUGAGUGGAAAAACUGGGAUGCUACAGAACUUGUAAAACAAUACAAAGGCCCACCGUUAGAUAUUUUAGUCGAUCAGGGCACGGAAGACAAUUUUUUAAAACAAGGACAGCUCCUACCUGAAAAUUUAUUAGCUGCCACAAAAGAUGCUGGAUUAACUUUAGUAUUAAGAAAUCAAGAUGGAUAUGAUCACAGUUACUUCUUUAUAUCAACCUUCAUUGAAGAUCACAUUAUACACCAUGCAAAAUACCUAAAAAGCUAGGCAUGUGUCAGAAUUUUGCUUCAUCCAUUAAUGCCAUGAAUGUCUAAACCAGUAGCAUUCAUUUAUUUGACUUAUGUUCAUAAUUAAAACUCAACUUGUGCUCUUUUCAGUGUACAUUCCAUGAUAUAUAUGAGAUUUUAAAUAAAAAUGUUUUUCUGGA